AAGGUUUGUUAUUACUUGACGCUUAUUCUAAUUUCCCAAGUCUCAAAGUGUCUUCAAGCAACAACCCCACAAUCAUUUGCAGUUCUCAAGAUUUAGACGAUGGCGAUGGACUCAGCGACCAAUCUGCAGCCGGCUCCUACUUUCUCACAUAAGAAACAAGUCCAUGAAACAUACAUUUCCAGAAUCAAGAGCCUCCUGGCCGAACACCCUCACAUCAAAUGGUCACUUGAGUCUAAAGGAUCAUGUCUGACUCAAGUUGCAUACACAAACACUCUUGAAAACUACCCGAUCACUAGCCCGGAAGACCUUAUUGCACAAUCAGCAGGCUUGAAAGAAAGUCGUAAGCCGAGUAUUUGCAUUAUCGAGAAUAUAUCUACGGAAUAUGUUGAAGCGCUUGGUACAGAAUGGGGGAUUGACCCAAUGUUCUUUAUUGAGCAUGCCACAAAUCCGGACAAGGACAAACUAUGGUGGUCGAAGAAGUGGGAUUGGCCCCCGCCAGACCACUCAUCAUCUGAAGGUGAUGAUGAGUCCUCUGCCCCAAAGGAUUUAUUGGCAUCCAGAGCACCAUGUUUUCUAAAAGAUAGUUCUGGGCACUUGGAUGGCGUAUUCGAAUAUCACAACGAGAUCCCAGGCCUUGAACCUUCAGCAUUUGAGAAACUGAACUCUUCUCCGAACUUCAUCUAUCGCCACUGCUUCAAGGACAAGAAAUGGCCAAUGCAAUCGAAUACUCGGAUUUCUUAUUGUCAGCCUACUAUGUCGAUGUGUAAGUAAUUCCCCUCCAGACACGGCAGAUCUCCCUUAAUAAGCAUCCUUGUUCAGAUUUGUUUCUUGUUGAUGCACCGAUCAAAUUC